CCUCCAAGCCAUUCCGCGAUGUUCCUCCCCUGAUCCCCACCCGAGUCAGACGGCGGCGACGGGCAGGCGAGCGGCGGCGCGGUUCCGGCACGCCGGGCAUUCUGCGGCGACCCCCGCAAUCUCCGUCGAGCGUGGAAGGGAGGCGUGCCCGCUGUGAGGCCCGGGCUCGCGGCCGCUCUGACGGUCUCGGCAUCCGCUCUCUCCCCUGACUCCGGCUAGGGCUCUAGAAUUUUCCUGGCCCCGCCUGUUGUAGAAUGGCGGCGGCAACGCUGCGCUGGGUGAUCCAGAUGCACCGGGACGUGCCGCGGGCUGCACGAUUCUACGCAGAGGGGCUCGACUUCAGUGUCAACGUCUGCACACUCCGCUUUGCGGAGCUCCAGUCAGGGCCGCUCAAGCUAGCGCUCAUGCACGCAAAUGACAGUACCCUUGCAACGCAGAGAGCCUAUUCUUCGAUGCUGUCUUUCACCGUACCGGACAUAACCAGCACAGUAACAAAACUAAUGUCUCUGGGAGCCGAGUUGGACGGGCCGAUCAAAUAUGAGAUCCAUGGAAAAGUUGCAGCCUUAAGAUGCAUCGACGGCCACGUGCUGGGUCUGUACGAACCAGCCUGAAGAACCUGUUGUUCAAACGCACUGGAUGAGAAGCCAUUUUCAUCGCUCGCAGAUUAGGGAUACGUGUGAUUGUUUCUUGUGGCAAAGUAGAUAGAUGUUUUGUCACCGUGAAUGACUGGUGUACAACUUCUGGGAGGUUAGGGAUGUUCAGGCAUUUUAGGGGGUGACUGUGAUGCUGCUCACUGCUUGCCUCAUGCUGCCACUGGUGUCGCACAUUCUGUCGCGAGUGCGUAAAAGCAGCAGCUUGGGGUACUGGCCAAAGCCAACCAGUUCAUUCGUAGCGGUAUCUUGACCGAUUAUGCUUGAUCAUGGCCUGGGCUAUUACAAGUGUGUCAGUUCUCUAUUUAAACUUAUUUGGUUUUCAGGCCGUGAUGGUUCCAAAAAAAUAAAUUAAAAGGGUAAACAUGUGUUGAGAAAGGUUUUGUC